AUUGACCAUUUUUCAUUUCUUUCUACAGAUAUUGCUGUUGUAGAGAUGAGUGAUGCCUUUCGUCAGCCUUCCCUCUUCUACCACCUGGGAGUCAGAGAGAGCUUCAGUAUGGCUAACAACAUUAUCCUCUACUGUGAUACGAAUUCUGAGUCUCUGCAGUCGCUGAAGGAAAUUAUUUGCCAGAAGAAUAAUAUGUGCACUGGUAACUACAUCUUUGUUCCUUACAUGAUAACUCCGCAUAACAAGGUGUACUGCUGCGAUAGUAGUUUUAUGAAGGGACUAACAGAACUGAUGCAGCCAAGUUUUGAAUCACUGCUUGGGCCUAUUUGCUUACCUCUGGUGGAUCGAUUUAUCCAACUCUUGAAGGUGGCACAGGCCAGCUCGGGCCAGUAUUUCCGGGAAUCCAUCCUUAAUGACAUUAGGAAGGCCCGUACCCUCUACACUGGCAAAGAGCUUGCAGCAGAGCUGGCGAGGAUUCGGCAGCGAGUGGAUAAUAUUGAAGUCUUGUCUGCUGACAUUGUAAUCAACUUGCUGCUGUCCUACAGAGACAUCCAGGAUUAUGAUUCCAUUGUGAAACUGGUGAAGACUUUAGAAAAACUGCCUACUUUCGACUUGGCUUCCCACCACCAUGUGAGGUUACAUUAUGCGUUUGCACUGAACAGACGAAAUCUACCUGGGGACAGACAGAAAGCUCUAGAAAUUAUGAUUCCUUUAGUAGAACAAGAAGAUCAAGUAGCUUCAGAUAUGUACUGCCUGGUUGGUCGCAUUUACAAGGACAUGUUUUUGGAAUCUGGGUUCAUAGAUACGGAAAGCAGAGACAAAGGGACCUUCUGGUUCAAGAAGGCGUUUGAGUCAGAGCCAACACUGCAGUCGGGAAUCAAUUAUGCAGUGCUUCUUCUGGCAGCUGGACAUUGCUUUGAUACUUCUUUUGAGCUUCGGAAAGUUGGUAAUUACAGCUUGCAAAUUCUCAGUGAACUUGCUUUCUAGUGAAAGUACGACGCC